UUUAUUUUUUUUAACAGGCACAGAAAAGGCCGCCUAAGGGUCCUUCAAGGCCGCCGGCGCGAGAAAACACUGCAACGAGUAAAGAACUACAACCGAGAAGGUCAGGAUGGUGCAGAAAAUACUAAAUAAAUUCGUCGGUGCCAAAUACAUCACAAUUCUAAGGACUUGGGUACCAAACAUGGUUGCCUGGGGAACAGUUGGUGGAGUGGCGCUCGUUCACUUCACAGACUGGCGAUUGGUUCUGGACUAUGUGCCAUACAUUAAAGGGAAGUUCAGCAACGAUGACGAGUAAAGAUCCACACGACUAAAUUGACCAGAACUCGGAAAUGGGCACUUGGGUGGAAUUCUUGCACAACGUGAGCUUAAGUAUGAUGCCUGGGCUCAACAAUCAGUCGCUGAGGGCUCGUUAGGAGUUUGGACGCCAAAAACGCACUCGUGUAUAAAUGUUGCUUUUGAUCCACUGUUAUUUAUUGUGAAUAAAUCCUCAAUAUAUCCCCAAUGUGUCAAGUUACUCUGCAAAAUAUCAUCUACUCAAGUGCUUUGUUUCUUUGAAGGUGGAAGUAUUUUUAUAUUUGGAGCUCAGAGAGGAGAAAAGAGAUCAACUUUAAUUUUCUUUUGCAUGUGGUAUUUGGAAGAAAAAAAAAACCUGUCUUUGUACAGCUGAUAUUUGCCAACUGGCUGUAAACUAUGUGUGCUGUGAAAGUACUGUAAAAUAAAAAUGUUAUUGCAGACA